AUGGGCCCGCACCGCCCGAGACGCAAGCCCGAAACACCAAGGAGGCGCCCCGUAAGCCCGGCUCCCGCCGCCCGCCGGCCGGCCCGGUCCUUAGGCACGUCCUCCCGUCCACUUGCUCGCCGGGGACGUGGAAUCCUGAAGGAGAUCCGAACUCUUCAGAAGACCACCCACCUGCUGUUAAGAAAGACCCCCUUCUGCCGCCUGGCAAGAGAAAUAUGUGUUCAAUUCACUCGUGGUGUGGACUUCAAUUGGCAAGCCCAGGCCCUGUUGGCCCUACAAGAGGCGGCAGAAGCAUUUCUAGUUCAUCUCUUCGAGGAUGCCUAUCUCCUCUCCUUACACGCCGGCCGCGUCACGCUCUUCCCCAAGGAUGUGCAGCUGGCCCGGAGGAUCCGAGGCAUUCAGGAAGGGCUUGGCUGA